AUGUGUUGUUGUGGUGAUUACGUUUUAAUUGCAAGCAAUGGUCAGGAGAUUGUGGUUAAGAUUGAAACAAUGUUAUCAGUUAACUGUGGGAGUGACUUAUGUAGAAUAGUAGGAAUGGGCUACUUGUACUCCUUCUACCGUGAUGCAGUUGGGCAAAUUUUUUGCAACUACUGGACUGGUUUCUCCAAAGUUAAAAAAAAUCCAGUAAGAGAUGUCACUUUUUUUCUGGCAGAGAACAUCUUGAGAAAAGUUCUGCUAUAUGACUGUGGCAAUGAUUUGAUGACUGUUGUUGAUUAUAUGCGUCCAUGGAAUCAUUUCCCAUGUGUGCCUAUUGUGCCUGUGCAUGCUGAAAAGGGUGAUUUGUUGCUUAUUCAGGGUGAAGGUCCCACUGAUGUCUGGUAUGGUCAUGUACAAGAUGUAGAUUAUCUAAACAAGACAGAGGAUGUGUAUUUUUUCCUUAAGAGUCAUCGAUGUGAAAAUGUUUUUGUCCGUGAAUCUCGUGGUAGAGGUGCGAGAAACACAGUGUGUUGA